AUGCUGAUGCUCGGACAGCUGAUCUCUUUCUUUAGUUUCAGUAUUAUUAGUCUAGUGUUUGGAGAGAAGCUCUUCCAUAGUCGAGAUCACUCGGAUGUCAUGAUGCCAAAUUCACAUCAAGCCGAACUGGUGACGGAUACAGACACUUAUGGCUUCAUUAAGCCAGUGAAAUGGGAAGAUAUUCAGUGGAGUGGAGAGGAGUUCUCAGGAGAUUUCACCAGUGGGGACACCGCACCUCUCAUUCAGGAAGCAGGAGAUGACCUAUGGUCAGGUAUCGGCCCCACAGAAGAGAGCACUCAGCAGUUCCUCAGCGCCCUGAAAGACUUCCAGAGAGUGAGCGGCCUGCCGGUGACCGGCCUGUUUGACGACGCCACUAAGGCGGCCAUGAACAAACCGCGAUGUGGCGUUCCAGACAAAGACGCAGACGCAGACCCCAACACCGAGGGACACACUAGUGAUGUUCCAGACAAAGACGCAGACGCAGACGCAGAACCCAACACAGCGGAGACACACACUAGUGGAGUUCCCAACGUAGCCAGUGAAAGACUCUCGCGCAAGAAGAGACAUCUCGCUGCCUUGUGGCCAAAGAGGAGAAAGAGGAGGCAUGUAGAUGAGCUGGGCUACAUGGCGUUCUCCAAGAGGGUGCUGCGCUGGCGUCUGAUUGGUGAGGGCUACAGUAGUCAGCUGUCCAUAGAGGACCAGAGGUACGUCUUCCGACUCGCCUUCCGGAUGUGGAGCGAGGUGUCACCUCUCACCUUCAUCGAGGACGCCCGCUCCCCCCUGGAGGACGUCGACAUCAGACUGGGCUUCGGGACAGGGCGCCACUUGGGCUGCACUCAGCGGUUCGAUGGCACUGGUCGUGAGUUUGCCCACGCUUGGUUCCUUGGGGACAUCCAUUUUGAUGACGAUGAGCAUUUCACCGGCCCCAACAUGGGAGAUGGAAUAAGCCUUUUGAAAGUGGCGGUGCAUGAGAUUGGCCAUGUGCUGGGCUUGCCUCAUGUCUACAGAUCUGGGUCCAUCAUGCAGCCCAGUUACCUGCCGCAGGAGAACACCUUCGAACUGGACUGGCACGACAGGAAGGCUAUCCAGCACCUCUACGGCAGCUGUAAAGGUCGUUUCAGCACAGUGUUUGACUGGAUCAGGAAGGAGAGGACGCCGUAUGGAGAGGUGAGGGUCCGCUUCAACACCUACUUCAUGCGAGACGGCUGGUACUGGCUCUACGAGAACCGGAACAACCGUACCCGCUACGGGGACCCGGUGGCCAUCCAGGCCGGCUGGCACGGCAUGCCCACCAGCGGAGUCGACGCAUUCGUACACGUGUGGGCGCGGAACGUUGAUGCUGUGUAUUUUUUCAAAGGUACGCAGUUCUGGAGAUACGACACGGAGAGUGACCAGGUGUUCAGCGAGGACGCGGGGGGGCAGCGCUACCCGAGGCCCAUCUCCGCCGGCUUCCCAGGGGUGCCCAGCCCCGUGGACACGGCCUUCUACGACAGGAGGGACGCUCACAUCUACUUCUUCAGAGGGGCACUGGUUUACGCCUUUGAUGUGAGAGCCAACCGCUUGGCGAGAGGCUACCCGAAGAAGAUCACGCAGGUGUUUCCUGCCGUGUUGCCAGGUAACCACCCGGUUGCUAACCUGGACGCCGCCUACUUCUCCUACACGCACAACGCCGUGUUCCUGCUGAAGGGAGGGGGCUACUGGAGAGUGGCCAGCACUAGAGACCGCUUGAGGAGACCCUCCCUGCCCCACAAUGCACUGCUGCCACGACGUGAAGUCCAUGAGCAGUGGUACGACAUCUGCAAUGUACACAGCACAGCACUGAAGGUGGCGCGCAGAUGA